UUUAAGGCAUAAAUUUACCAAAAUGCAAUUAUUUCAAUUUUUCAUUAUUUGUGUGCUGCUGAUAGGAUGUAUAAAUAUUGCAGUUGGUACCUCAGGAUAUGAUUGCAAUUCUAAACAAAAUUGCAGUGACUGCAUAGCAUUCAGUCCAAAAUGUUCAUGGUGUGAAGAUAUUUAUUACAACAUAACUGAAAAAACGUUCUACAAGAAAUGUGAUUUAGUGGAAACACAUCAACGUCAAAAGUGUUCCAAGAUAAAUAAUCCACCUUCUAAAUCUACGAUAGAUAAAGCUGCACCACUAGUGGAUGAAACCAGAGUAUCACCGCAAGAAAUAACUGUGAAACUUAGGCCAGGACAACCAACAAAGGUUGAUGUCAAAGUAAAGACACCAAAGAAUUUUCCAAUUGAUUUAUACUACCUGAUGGACUUGUCGAAAUCUAUGAAGGAUGAUUUGAAACAAAUUCGUGAUCUGGGAACAUUGUUGUCAAAUGAAAUGAAAGACGUAACGUCAAACUUCCGACUUGGUUUUGGUGGAUAUGUAGACAAGCCGUUAGGACCAUACACUAAAACUAAUCCAGAAGAAAUCAAAAGUUUAGAUCCUAAUGUUCAACAAACAUUUGGUUAUAAAAACUACUUACCUUUGGAUGAUGACCCAAAAAAAUUUGGACAAACAAUCAAUAAUGUUGCAAUAUCGUACAAUGUAGAUGUGCCUGAAGGUUCUCUUGAAGCUCUGAUGCAGGUCAUUGUGUGUAAAGGCAUUGGAUGGCGUGAAAAGAAAAAGGCAAGAAGAAUUGUUAUCAUUACCACUGAUGCAACUUUUCAUUAUUCUGGUGAUGGGCUAUUAGGUGGAGUUGUCAUCCCCAAUGAUGGCAAAUGUCAUCUUGUCAAUGAUACGACUUAUGAUGCAUGGGAUAAGUUUGAUUAUCCAUCAUUGUCACAGAUUCGCUCUGUCAUGAUAGAAAAUCAAAUUGUACCAAUCUUUGCCACAACUGGCAACAACAAGUUGUAUGAGAAAGUUGCAUCAUUUUUUGGAAAUGGAUCUGGGGCAGUUGCAGAUGCGCUAUAUGCAAAUUCAUCAAAUGUUGUACCACUAAUUAAAGAAGCAUACAGAAAAAUUGCCAAAACUGUUAGCAUAAAAGCUAUUACAUCAGAGGGAAUUGAAGUUAAAUUUGAGGCAAAAUGCGGUAAAAACGAUGAAUUAAAGCAAUCUGCAUUUUGUAACAAUGUACAAAUCGGAGAAGAGGUGACGUUUGUGGCUGAAUUUCUUGCUCUUGAUUGCAGACACGCUGGGAAGAAUAAAAGAUUUAAGCUUGAAACUCCAUUUGAUGAUGUUAUUGUAAACUUAGAAUUACUAUGUGAAUGCAACUGCAGUAACACCGAUGUUAAUAGUGAUGAUUGUAUGUCCAGAGGUGACUUGUCAUGUGGAAUGUGCUUCUGUGACAAAGAUAAAUAUGCCGGCCGAUUUUGCCAAUGUACGGCAGAAGAGGCGAGGAAUCAAACUCGUUGCAAGGUUCCAGGAUCAAGUAAGAUUUGCAAUGAUCAGGGUAGAUGUGUGUGUGGAGAAUGUGUGUGCUACACAGGACAGCUUAACAAAUACAAAGAGAUUGAGUACAUCGAUGGUAAUCAAUGUCAAUGCAGUAACACUACUUGCAAACGUUCAAAUGGUUCUCAAGUAUGCGGUGGACCGGACCAUGGUACAUGUAUAUGUGGCGAGUGUGAUUGCACGCAGGAUUGGCAGGGAGAAAGCUGUGCUGACAGGUGCCCAAGAGGAAAAGACAAUUGCAUUGAUGAUUUAGGAGUUGAAUGCAGCAACAAAGGAUCAUGCAAAUGCAAUCAAUGCCAAUGCAAAAAAGGUUACAUUGGAGAUUUUUGUCAGGAAUGUGCUACUAACUGUCCUGAUCCCUGUCAAGAUUAUCGAGAGUGCGUCAAAUGUCGUGUAUUUGACACGAGUGACUUGUCAUCUGCCGAAUGUGAAGCGGAAUGUCUACGGAGGAACAUCACCAGUCACAUUGUCGUAGAAAAGGUUCCUGAAGACCGUCGUCGUUGCAUUGCCCGUGAUGAAGACGAGUGUUCAUUUGUAUUCACCUACAACAAAGAUAAUGUUACUGAUACCAUUCAACUUGUAGUUCAAAAAGACAGAAUCUGUCCAGCAGAGCCAGAUAUUUUGGCCAUUAUCCUAGGUGUGAUUGCUGGUAUUGUAGGAAUUGGUUUAGCUCUGUUGUUAAUUUGGAAAUUACUUGCAACGAUACAGGAUCGAAGAGAGUUUGCACAAUUUGAGAAAGAUAGACAGAAUCCAAAAUGGGACUCGGGUGAGAAUCCAAUCUACCAGAAAGCGACUUCAACUUUCCAAAAUCCAAUGUAUGGUAACAAACCAGAGGAAAUGGAACCAUUAACAUAGCGUUUUUGAUCGAACGUGUAGAAGUCACGCUGUUGUCCUGAGGGCGUAUGCUUGUGUUUAGGGACGCCCUUCUGUUUUUAAAGGAAUGCUUCAUUUACAAACAACAGCAAAGAAUUUUUCUAAUGAAAAUGUAUUACACCAUGUUAUAUCUCAUAUACAUAUUUUUGACAUUGUUUUUUUAAAAAAAUAAUCUGAGUUUUAAUCUAACGUGAUAAGUUCUUGGGAGAGGGCAAACCUUUCAAGCUGUUCGUCUGCGACUUAUCUUUUGAUUUUCUUUCACAUGUGGAGAACUAGUAAAUUAUUCCCGAAAAGUGUUGAGUAUCCAUGCAACUGCAUAUAGUCGUUUUUUAAUUCAUUUUUAAUGUUUUUUCAUUAUAGGUGUUUAUAAACAUUUAUUAAUUUUGCUUCUGUAUUUAUUACGUCUUUUUACUUUGUAUAACUAUUUUUAUUAACACCCAAACCCAAAUUGACUGGGUUUCGGUGCCGUACUUUUUUAUUAUUGUACCUUAUCGACUCAAAAUUUGUCGGGUGUAAAUGAAGAAAUUUAGAAUUGACGAAAAUUAGGAACGGCACGAAUUGCAUUAGGUUCUAUAGAAAUUUAGAUCCGUAAAGUUUGAGCCGAUAAAUGUAUUUUUAUGUUUAAAUAGCAUUACUUUUUUAGUAAAAACUAAAUAUUUUGAAUAUGCUGAAAUUUGUAAACUGCUGAGAAAUUACAAAAGUCGCAUUAGAAAAAUUCCAA